AUGUUGUGGCGAAGAGCCUUCAGCACCGCCGCCGCCAAGCGCCACCUUACGGCCAAGAAAUGGGACGCGCUGAUCAUAGGCGCCGGCCACAACGGCUUGGUCGCCUCGGCUUACCUGGCCCGAGCCGGCCUCUCCGUCGCCGUCCUCGAGCGCCGCCACGUCAUCGGCGGCGCCGCCGUCACUGAGGAGAUCAUCCCCGGCUUCAAGUUCACUCGCUGCAGCUACCUCUACGGCCUCUUCCGCCCCUCCAUCGCCAGGGAACUGGAAUUGACGAGACAUGGAUUGAAGCUGUUGAAGCCUUUGGCUUCGUCGUUCACACCAUGUCUUGAUGGGCGUUAUCUGCUUUUGGGCCUCAACCAGGAACAAGAUCACUUGGAAAUUUCGAAGUUCUCAAAACGAGAUGCAGAUGCUUAUACAAGCUACGAAAAUCAGCUGCAUAGGUUCCAAAAAUUUGUGGAUUUUGUUUUGGAUUCACGUACCCCUGAAACUUUCCCUUGGGAACAUUCCUCUAUCUAUGAUGGCCUCCGGAAUAAGUGGCACAAAUCAGCUUUUUGGGCGCGUUGUCUGCAACAAGUUCUGUCUUUAGGCCAAAAAGAUAUGCUGGAAUUUGUGGAUCUUUUGUUGUCCCCAACUUCAAAGUAUCUGAAUAAGCGGUUUGAGUCGGAUAUACUCAAGGGAACACUUGCAGUAGAAGCUAUCGUUGGAAGUAUGGUAAGUAUCCAUAAUUCUGGGAGUGGAUACGUUCUGCUACAUCAUGUCACGGGUGAAGUUGACGGUGAUCGUAAUAUUUGGUCGCAUGUUGAAGGUGGGAUGGGUUCUGUAUCAUUGGCCAUAAGUAAUGCUGCUAAAGAAGCUGGGGUACAUAUUGUUACCAAUGCAGAGGUUUCACAAGUGAUGAUUGGAGACACAGGCAUAGUGAAUGGGGUAUGCCUGGGUGAUGGGACACAAGUGCAUUCUUCAGUUGUUUUAUCGAAUGCAACUCCCUACAAGACUUUCAUGGAGUUGGUGCCCCAAGAUUUUCUUCCCGGCGACUUUCUUCAUGCUAUUAAGAACUCUGACUACAGCUCUGGAACAACAAAAAUUAAUGUUGCUGUUGAUAGAUUGCCUCAGUUCCAAUGUUGCAAAUCGAGUAAUCCAGAAGUGGGUCCUCAGCAUACAGCUAGUAUUCGCAUUGGUACUGAGAGUAUGGGGGAAAUUGGUACAGCUUGUCAGGAGGCUUGGAAUGGCUUACCAUCAAGGAGACCUGUUAUGGAAAUGACAAUUCCAUCUUCAUUGGAUAACACUAUAUCUCCUCCUGGUAAGCAUGUGGUUAGCUUGUUUACACAAUACACACCCUACAAACCCUCAGAUGGUAGCUGGGGAGAUCCUAAAUACAGAGAAUCAUAUGCACGCAGAUGUUUUAACUUGAUUGAUGAAUAUGCCCCUGGGUUCAGUUCAUCAGUCAUUGGCUAUGACAUGUUGGCACCACCGGAUCUAGAAAGGGAAAUUGGUCUUACAGGGGGUAAUGUUUUUCAUGGUGCUAUGGGUCUAGAUUCACUUUUCCUAAUGCGACCUGUUAAAGGAUGGUCCGGCCAUCGAACACCGGUGAGAGGACUGUACAUGUGUGGAAGUGGAUCCCAUCCGGGAGGUGGUGUGAUGGGAGCUCCCGGGCGUAACGCUGCACACGUUGUUCUUGAGGAUGUUCAGAAGCGAUCUCAUUAG